AUCACGAUUUUUCUCAUCCGCAUCAGCCUGGAAGUUAUCCACCACAAACGCAACACCGCCAGCGUCCACUCAUCCUACCCUAUCACGUAAGCCUCAUGUUUGAGAACUUGAAGGCAUUUAUCCGCCAUGGUAAACAUGCCAACGAAAAGCACAGCAUGUCCGGUUCGUUCUCCGUGCCUGUUUCCAGUGCCAAUAAUAAUGGGAACGCCAGUGCCAAUUUUAACCUUCCUGUUAGUGCUACGAUUAGCAGCCAGUUGGCAGACUUGCCAUCGCAUGACCUGAUUCUGUCAGGCUCGAAUAGUGACCCUUCUGAUUCCACGUUGGUGGGGCUUCAUUUUGACGGCAGCUCGUCUCAGAUUGGAUCUUCUACAGCAGGUACUUCCGAGAACGACUACAACAAACAGCCUACUCAUCAACAAGCGGCGUCUCAUAUUGUGGAACAAGAGCUUCUUCAACGCAAAAAGCUGCAGUUGUACCCCGGACUUGAAAACUAUGAGGUAAUGGAACAGUUGGGAGAGGGGGCUUUUUCAGUUGUCCACCGAGCCCGAAAUCUUACCACCAACAACCAGGUGGCCAUCAAGAUUUUACGGAAGUUUCAGAUGGACCAACCGCAAAAGCAAGCGGUUCUCAAAGAAGUGACGAUUAUGAGACAGUUGCAUCACCCAAAUAUCGUGAAUUUUAUUGAGUUUAUUGACUCUGAGCCUUACUACUAUAUCGUUCAGGAGUUGGUGACAGGAGGUGAAAUCUUCUCGGCUAUUGUGAAGUACACAUAUCUUUCUGAGGACUUGUGCCGGCACAUUAUUACCCAAGUGGUGAGCGCCGUUAGAUACUUACACGAAGAGGUUGGAAUUGUUCACAGGGAUAUCAAACCUGAAAAUUUACUUUUUUAUCCCAUCGAGAUGAAACCUUCUCCGAACCCUCAAGCAAGAUUGCGUCGGUCUGAUGAUCCAAACACCAAGUUGGAUGAAGGAGAGUUUAUACCUAACGUUGGAGGAGGAACCAUUGGCCUUGUGAAGUUGGCUGACUUUGGAUUAUCCAAACAAAUCUGGGAGCACAAUACCAAGACUCCUUGUGGAACUGUAGGGUACACUGCACCUGAGAUUGUGAGAGACGAAAGAUACUCCAAGGAAGUGGAUAUGUGGGCAAUUGGAUGUGUUUUGUACACGUUAUUAUGUGGGUUUCCUCCCUUUUACGAUGAGCGUAUUGACACUCUUACGGAAAAGGUUGCAAAAGGAGAGUAUACUUUCUUGUCUCCCUGGUGGGACGAAAUCAGUUUGGAAGCUAAACGGUGUGUUACAAAAUUAUUGACGGUUGAUCCUUCUCAACGGUAUACCAUCGAUGAGUUCUUGCAAGAUCCAUGGAUCAAUAAGGUACGUACGCCCAUGGCCCAUCCUGUGCCUGUUGCUACAAAUAACAGAAAACAUCCAAUUCAAGAAUUCAACAACAGGUACUCCAAGAAGUAUACCAAUGGAAUGUAUUCUCCUGCUGCAGUUGCUUUAAGAGAUGCAUUUGAUAUAUCUACAGCAGUUCAUAGAAUGGGUGAAGAAGCAAAGCUUUCAAAUCCUUUACAGCUUCAACAGUUCAUCGAAGAAGAAGAGGAAGAUGAAGCAGUAACAGGUUCUGGCCGUGUGCUUGAAACUAUUCCUCAUAAAAGACACCAUCAGCAACCUGAACGAGCCAGACAAGGCUUUGAAUUGAAUUUGGGUGGUGCGUCCAUCUUGGAGAGAAGAAAACACAAACCCAUAAUGGUUCCUUCAUAAGUAUACGGUAGGAACUUGCCAGUAUGGUAUUAGUUUCUUUGAUAGAAACUUUCUUUGGUGCUCUACCACUUGUUACGUUGUCUACGUUUACUCAAAUAUCAUAGAUUGAAAUAAAACACUUCUAUUUAACAUACUUUUUUCUUGCGCGAUCACUCUAUCACGGGCAUUAUUUCCGAUAACACUUAUCAAUCAUGGGUACACUAGAGAUUGGUGGGAUCCACCUCUUACAUGCCAAUAUUACCAGUUUGGAUAAAUUGGCACAUGGCGAACACACUACCAACUCUAGUGCUAGCAUAAAACCGUCAACAACAACACAAUUCAAGGAUUACACAAAUAAAGAUCUCAAGAGCUUGAAAAUCGAACAUUAUAAAUAUACUCGUGGAGUGACAGAAAUCCACCGACAGAACGAGCACACUGAUCCUACGCUGCUUAGAUACCGCUCCUUUAACGAAAUUGUCAACCGUAGGCUCGUUUUGAAAGCACAUUUUCCGUAUCAGCCAACAAUAAAUUCCAAACCAUUAAUGAUCCCAAGUACUGGAACGUAUU